AGGGACAACUUUUCAUUGGACAAAACUCGGAGCGCAAGUUGCAACAUCGUACCAAGUGGUUUGUUUUGUUACGUUCUGGAACGCUUUUAUAUCCGUCAAACGCCGUAGCGCAGAAGUAGAAGUUACUAACAAGUGACGUUGGCCGACGGUUUUUCGUUGCAGCGUGUGGAAGUGCUCAUCCAUACAAGUAGUGCUUAAAGACGGGAAGCUCAGCGUGUUUGCGGUUACUAGCCCGAGUCAUAAGGAGACAAUUUUGGAUGGUGUUUUGUGAUCGUUUAAAGGGAAUGAGAGUGGGAGAACGGAGCACGCUUUGAGCACGGCAGCGUUUGAGUAGCCAGUGCCAUGAAACUGAAUCCACAGCAAGCUCCUUUAUAUGGUGAGUGUCUGUUGACGGUCCAGCUCUGUGAAGAAGAGUGUGUUGAAGAGGAAGAGGAUGUAGAGUUUUACUUGCUGUUUGCCGGCUCCAAACAGAGGCACGUUUCCAGCACUUUGAAAAUCAGCCAUGUCAUGCUGCAAGCCAUGUGCCCAGCUCAUGAUCGCAGCGAAACCGUGCAGGUCACCCUGUGCCAGGCACGGCCCGGGGGGUCAGUGGACCCCGUGGCAGAGGAGCGCUUCCAGUUUGUGCAGGACCUCGCCCUGGAUAUGGCCCAGUUCUUGGUCAGUGCAGUUGGGAAGACUGAAGGGGCACUGCUACUGGACGAGUGUCAGAUCCCCCUGAAAGAGUGCGAGAGAUUGGAUGACACUUUGGCCCUCGCCCUAAGACACCUCCCAUUGCCCCCAGGCUGGAAUUUGCUGUGCACAGACUUUCCUAUAGACACAGGCACUCAAACAAGCUUGGGAAUAGAACCUGGUCCUCAAGACACCCUUCUGCACUUUGCGGCAGAACGUGGGCUACGCAAGGUAGCACACUUUCUCCUCCAGCAACCCGGUGGAAGAGAGGCUCUACGACUCCCUAACAAACAGGGUUGUACGCCGGCCAAGGUCGCCCAGAAGAGAGGCGACUUUCAACUCCAGAAGCUUCUAACAGAGGUUGAGAACUUGCCAGAGUUAGAGACAAAGACAUCCAAGUGGCGUUACCCAGGAGAGAGAGUUCUGCGACACCACCCUAAGCUAAACACCUACACCCUUACACUGGAGGACGUGCCAGGGAGUCCCCCACCUAGUCUGCGUCGUGAUGUGGAUGACCUCCAACACCUUAUUCAGUCACAUCAGAUGAACAAGGAAGAUCCUCCAAUACAAUGCAGUCCAACCCUUUUGAUUCUUAAAAGAGAGUCAAGUGAUGGUACAGAGCCUGCUGAGUCCAACUCAUUGGACUUUGAGCAUCAGGAAUCCACGGUUGAACAACAACAACAAACCUGUGAAUUAGUUUUAAGCAGCUCUGUCGUAGAAGAUGAAUUGUGCCCUUUUCAGAACGGGACCAGAGACCAUGUCAAAUCACAGGACGGGGAGGUGGAGCCUGACAGCCUGGCUAUAGAGGAUAUUGGGAAGCCAUCAGAUAAGGCUGACUGUGCGGAGUUGUGGGCAAAGGGUGAUUCUGUGGCUUUCAGUGCCCCUUCCUGUGGAAACCAGUGGGAGGAAGCUGAUAGAGAGCUCUGCGUAAUCAGUGCCAAGCAGGGGGCUGAUAAGGGGAACCAAGAAGAGUUAGAGGCUUGCCAUCAGGGUUCAGAGACUGAAACAGACAAUAAAGCUCAAUCUGGCAACCCAGAGGUCCAAGACAUGGGCCAUACACAGUCUCAGGAUCGCCUCCCAACGGAAACGAGUCAACCUUCACAAAUAGAGGAGGAUAAUGAGGGGAGUACAGAUAUUUUUUCGAGAGGGGACUUACCAGAGGAAAGGGAAAAGGAGUCGAGCAGCAGCCAGGAAAUAGGCUCAAACUCCCCAGGACUUUCUUGCCAUGAUUCGGAGAUUAACGGUCAGAAUAACGAUGAGAUCGAGUUCAAGCUGGCUGCUGAUGCCUCUGUGGGAACAGAUGAAUCUAAAGUUACUGUAAUUGAGGUGAAUUCUGAGGUUGUCUCGUCUGUACGAAACAGUGAAUCUGUUAUUUGUGAUGGUGGUGAUGAGCCACAUGUUUGCAUGGAGACAGAGACAGGAAAUCUCAGCGAGAACACCAAAGGCAAGACUGAGUCAGUUUCUGGUCUGAUAGCUGGUGACAUUAGUAUAAAGCAGAACUCUGGAUUUAACAUUUCAGAGGGUGAACUUUUGGAUUCUGUAAGUCUUCGUCCAAACAUGGCACCAGGACCUAUUCAUAAGCUCCGCCAAGGACUUUCUCCUGUUCCCGAGACAUUUCUUGAGGAACAAACUGUGGAGCCUUUGUUUCAGUAUACAGAGGGUUCACAACAAUCUCACAAUGUCACGUCAUCUUCAGAAACUGUAUCCGAAUGUCAGGAGGUUUUGUUAAUUGACUCCUGUGUCAUCUAUGAGAAAGAAGGGGGUUCCGAUGGCAUCAAUGUGGAGGUAUUGCCUUGUCAGAAUGAAGGGUCUGAGGAAAGGAAAUCAGUAGGAGCCCCUAGUGAGACGAUGCAGAACCCUGAAAAGAUCAUUAAAGGGGCUUCCGGUGAGAUAUCAAUUACAGAGGACAUUACUGACUCGGAAUUGGAUGAAAAAUCAAAACCCUCUGAUGACUCUUCUUUCCAUGUUGACUCCAAAUCCUUGAUUAAAAGUGAUGUGCAACAGGAUGUGUCUACAAUACUGUUUUCUGAACUUUCUAGUGAGAACAUUAUCAUAGAAACAGAGUUAGAUAAUGAAGAGAUGCCUAAAACAGUUUUGUCAGACUUUUCAUCAAGACUGGUUCUUGAGGAACAUUCUGGAGAUGCCCCAGGUGAAUCAUCAAUUCCAGCAUCCAAAGUUUCUGCAUUGAAAGGGCAACAUGAACAAAAUUAUAUAGCUCAGGAGGAACUGCUGCAAGAAAAGAAAAAUGACUCCACUUCACAGGAAACAAUCAGCGAUCUCCCUGAUCAGUCGAAAAUCACACACAAUGACAACGCAGAAUCCACAGCACAGACCGAAUAUCCAGAAUCCUCCAAGGAGAGUGUGAACACACUAUCUAACCCUACCACAGGAUGUUCGGAUUACCUAAUUGAAGAUUUUUCUUGUGCUUCAACAGAAAGCAGAGAUGGUAGACCUUGCAAAAUUCCAUGGACUAAUGAGGGUAGGAUCUCUGGUUGGGAAACAUGUGUUGACCCCCCUACCGAUAUGAGGGAGACCGCUGUCACAGAAGAUGGGGUGGCCUCAUCAAUAGAGACCACCGGUGGUUCAUCUUUGGAGUUAGAGAACUCCAUAUCUGCCUCUCUCAAUGCAUCAUCCUCAAGUAUUGAGGUCACUUCCCUUAUGGAUAUUAAUAGUGGAUUGCCCCAGGAUUUGGAACACACUUCCGCUGUGGAUGUAGACAAUGGUUUGUCUGUGGAAUCACAACCUUCAGACACCGCUGAUAGUCUAAAUGGAUUACACGAAAAUACUCAAGACUGUUCAAUGGAGCAAAAAGAAACAGUUGAGCAGCAUACUGAAGAACCACAUGUAAAACCAAUGACAGAAGAUGGCACUUUAGCAGGGGAUACAGUGGAUGGACACAAAUACUUCUCAGUAGACAUAUUGAAUUCCGAAGUGAUCCACAGAGAGACAGAGACUUUCUAUUCGGUCGAUGCCACUCAAGAUGCUGGACUCCAAGAGAAGAAGUCCAGUUCAAUGAGCUCAGAGUGUGCACAUCAUACAGAGUCAACGAGCACCAUUCGAGCGUCCGCCAGUGAUGGCGACUCUCUCUUGAGCCAAGAUUUGGGCGAGGACUAUGACUUUAAUAAUAAGGGUGAGGACAGUGUCACCAUCACCGACAACACCAGCGGUGUGUCCAUUUCCUACUCUUCCUCCACAGAUGACUCAUCUAGUGUUGGGACGCCCGGAGCUGUUCCUCAGGCCAACCAAGAUCCCCCCCCAUCAGAACCCUGUGAUGUGUCACCCACAUCACCUGGAGCUUCGCCUGUUUCAGGAGAAACAGAGGAGGAAGAGAGAAAGGACCGCCUGACCGAGGUGCCAGAGCGAUCAGCUAUUCUACGUUCAUCCAUCCGAUCUCUCUCUCCUGUUCGAAGGCACAGCUGGGGCCCGGGCAAAAAUUCAGCAGGGGAGACAGAGAUAAGUCAACGCAGUACUGUGCGAAGUGAAGUGGAGCGCAGGUCUACGGGCCAUAGGAGAAGCAUGAGCUGGUGUCCUUCAGUUGUCCUGCACUCUGAGGGUGACGAAAUAAACGAAAGAAGUUACAGCCUUGAAGGUCUUGCAGCAGAGAAGGAUGGAAAAAAACUACUUAUCCAGCAUGUUGAGACUAGCCAGGAACCAAACUGUCCGUCAAAGCUGGACAGUGAGGAGAGAGGCUCACUGCUGUCUCUGACCGAAGAGGAACAGGAAUCAGACCUGGGCGACUGUAGUAGUUUGGACAGUCAGAAGUCUGUACAGUCUGGAUGGAGAUGUGUCCAGCCCGCACACCCAAUUCUCACCAAGUCUGUCUCCAUGUUGGCCAUCAGUCAUAAGGACCUGGAUGGAUUGGGCUCUUUCAUUGGGACAUCAGGAUCCUUAGAAUACAGUAUAUCUGAGGAGGAUCCAGGUCCGUUGCGGAGUGACAGUGAAUUUAAAGCUGGAGGAACCAAAGUGAGCAGGACCUUCAGUUACCUCAAGAGCAAAAUGAGCAAGAAGAGCAAGGAGAAGGAUAAAGAGAAGAAUAAGGAGCGAGAGCGAGAUGCCAAAGACAAGGAGAAGAGAGCCUCAAGUGGGCAUCUAUUCACUGCCGUCACCACAGUACCUUCAAUCCGCUGCCACCAAUGCAACAAACCAAUCAACACUAAAGAUGCUUUCCUCUGCACCAAUUGCAGUGCACAAGUGCACAAAGGUUGCAGAGAGCAUCUUCCUGUUUGUGCCAAGCCGCAAAAACAACAGCAAACUAUUCCAGAUUGUGCCUCAAUGCCUGCCGUCACCCCAAGAAGUAAAACGCUCCCAGCACGAGAACGUCCAUGGUCCACCAUCUCCAUUCCAGAUGACCAGCCCGCGCCUCUCGCCCCUUCUCGUAGAAUUCAUAGCAGCAUCAUGUCUUUCAACAGUAACCCACUGUCAAAGAGCAUGUCCAUUAACAACAUAGCAGGGCAAAUGGAAGACCCUCCUCUAAAGAGUCUUAAGUUUCUGUCCCUGUCCACCGACUCUCUUCACAAGACUAGUAAAGUCAGCGAGUCCACAGAAUCGCUUACUGAUGAGGGUAUGGAGAUGAUGGACAAUCAGUUAAUGGGGGAAUUUGAAAUCGAUGCCAAAGAGCUGGAAGCAGAUUCUUGGAGCUUCACAGCAGACAAGAAAUAUCUUAAACAGCUUAAGAAGGAUGUUAUCAAGAGGCAAGACGUCAUCCAUGAGCUCAUCCAGACAGAAAUGCACCAUGUGAGAACCCUGAAGAUCAUGGCAGAUGUUUACAGUAAAGGCCUUCAGAGGGAAGUUCAGCUGGAAGUACAAACCAUAGAGAAGAUGUUCCCCAUGAUGGAGGAUCUUCUGGAUUUGCACACGCUGUUCUUCACACAGUUGGUUGAGAGGAAGAAAGAGGCAGGGUCAGAGAGUCUAGGAGAGGGGGGCUUCAUUAUCAGAAAGAUUGGUGACUUGCUGGUCUCUCAGUUCUCAGGUUCCAAUGCUGAGAGAAUGAAGAAGGUCUAUGGGAAGUUCUGUAGUAGACAAAAUGAAGCUGUGAACUUCUACAAGGAGCUUCACUCCAAAGACAAGCGUUUUCAAGCCUUUGUCAAGAAAAAGAUGAGCACCCCUGUUGUCCGAAGGCUAAGCAUUCCAGAGUGUAUAUUGUUAGUUACACAACGAAUCACCAAGUACCCUGUGUUACUACAGAGAAUACUGCAACACACGAAAGAAAAUGAGGAAGACCAUGCAGAUUUAACCCAAGGUCUGAAGCUGGUGAAGGAGGUCAUCGCUGCUGUUGAUAAUAAAGUGAACGAGCAUGAGAAAAAGAAGAGGCUAAAGGAAGUGUACAGCCGGACGGACAGCAAGUCCAUCAUGAGGAUGAAGAGUGGACAGAUGUUUGCCAGAGAAGAUCUGUUACGAGGGCAGAAGAUGAUUCACGAAGGACCGCUGCAGCUCAAGAACUCUGCUGGGAGACUCAAGGAUGUCCAGGCCCUUCUGCUGAGAGAUGUGAUUGUCUUCCUACAGGAGAAAGAUCAGAAAUACAUAUUUGCUCCGCUGGACCAGCGCUCCACAGUCAUCUCCCUGCAGAAACUGAUCGUGAGGGAAGUUGCUAAUGAGGAGAAAGGUCUGUUUCUGAUCACAGCCGGCAUUGAGAAACCUGAGAUGGUGGAGGUGUACACCAGCUCCAAAGAGGAGAGAAACACAUGGAUGCAGCUCAUUCAGGAGGCCAUGCAGUCGAUACUGUCGAUUUCCUCCAGGGAGAGAGACUAUGAUGAAGGUGUUCCCAGUGAAAAUGAAGAGGACAAGAGACUUCAGGAAAUCAAAGUCAAAGAGCUAAGAGAUCAGCUGCAUAAGAGAGACGAGCAGAUCUUGUCUUUACUGGAGGAGAAGGUGAAGGUGUUCAGAGAUAUGUGUGACUGUGGCGUGUCAGACGAGGCUGACUCCAGCCUCCACAGCCGAAUGCUCUUCAGAGCCACGCCCGAUGACAUCACCAAAGGGGAACCAAUCAUGAUAGACGCACUGAAGGAAAUUGAGACGUUGCAGGUUCUGGUGAAUGGCAGUCUGGGAGGGGCCGUGCAGGAUGGCAUGUGUGGGACAGGGGCCAUGUCUUUGCCAAGACGGGCGGAAACAUUUAGUGGCUUUGAUAGUCACCAGAUGAACAUCUCAAAGAGUAAAGAUGGAGACAGAGAGGAGACGGACGACUCUGCAGAGCUCCGCAGAACUGAGUCAGACAGCGUUCUAAAGAAGACAAGCAACACCAACCCCCUGCUCCUACUUAAGAGGAACAAUGAGCAGGUUCUUCAGAGUGUCACUCAUCUACAUGACCUACUCAACACAUUACAGGCCGUCGUUGUCCAGCAAGACACCUUCAUUGAAGACCAACGUCACGCCCUAAAUGAACGUAUACAUCCUUCUCGACAUCACUCCAUCUCCUCCUCUACCUCCUCUUCUUCCUCCUCCUCAUCACGGCCGAGCUCACUGAUCGAGCAGGAGAAACAGCGAAGCCUGGAGAAGCAGCGGCAGGAGGUUGCCAGCCUGCAGAAGCAGCAGGCCGCCCACACUGAGGAGAGGAAGCGAAGAGAGAAAGAGUGGGAAGCACGGGAGCGCGAGCUCGCCCAGAGGGAGGCGCAGCUGCAAACCCAAGAGGAGGAUGUGCAGAGGAGGCACAGGGAGCUGGAGGAGGAGAAACAAGACCUCCAGAGUAAGAAGGAAGAGUAUCAGAGGGACCUGGCCCGCCUCAGAGACAGCCAGAAGAAGUUGGAGAGAGAACGAGAUCAACUGCAGAGAGAUGCAGAGCAGAUCAGACUAACAGAGGCACAGAGGAAGAACCGGUCCCCAUCCACCACGUCCGAGGACUCAAAGUUCCAGAGCUCUAGUUCAUUGGACCGUGACCCCUCAGAGUUGGAGCUCUCCUCCCUGUCUGCCCGAGACUUCCUGUCACGCUUGGACUCCAAACGCAAAGGCAAGAACCUCAACCCUUUCUCCUCCAACUCAAGCCAGAAGAGCCAGAACAGCGAGGCGCAGAGCCAGAUCCCCAGCCGCCUGCUGCAGCUGGCCAAACCCAAGGAGAAGAAGGACAAGAAGAAGAAGAAGAAGGGGAAAGGACAACAGAGCCAAAUUGCAGAAUCUCAGAGCACUGUGGUUCCAGAUGCAACCACAGACGGCGAGAUCUUUUUCUGCUGAUACGGCCCUCCAUCAUCCCUUUUCCCACAAUGCCUCUGUGCAGGGGCCACUGGUCUCUGAUUGUGGACUGCAAACCAGAGUCCAGAAGCAGUCACGGUGUCUUCCCCCCACUUCUCCUCUACACAUACUUGUGGUCUUGAUGGGCGUCGGGCCUGGACAGGACGUUUUAACUGAGCGUUUUCUGUAUCCUGAUUUUCAGCGGUUGUCUGCACAGUGACUUAAAUCACAAUUUCUUUUCUGAAGAAGAUUAAGACUGUGCAACAGUGUUGGGGAACAAUAUGUGUUAGAUAUUAGCACCAGGGGCACUUUUUCCACACAAAGAAAAAUAAGGAUUUAUAACAGCAGGUGGUGUCACACUGGGAGAGAGCUGGCUUUAGAUCAGCUGUAAUAGUCUCCUUUGAGCACUUUCCAUUUCACUGAAGGACAUUUGACUAAUUAAGAUACUAAUAUCAGUGGGUGAAGUCAAAUUGAAAUUUGCGAUGCAGUGACUAAGCUUCUACACCUUUCAUGCUUUUUCUUUCUUACUUGUUUUUUACUUUAUUCAGUAGUAAUACUAUACUUUCAGCAGACAAACCGUUUUCUAUACUGUGUCCUAACCAGAUGUGACAUGAUAAAGCGACAAGCGUAACUCAUCUCUGUUGGUCUGGGUUUUGUUGUAAUUGGCCGCAACAAGUGACACGUCAUUUGUGCGAGCGAUCACUUGAUUUGACUAUUUCUACUGCACCAGUCUGGGUAGCCCCGCCCACGGUGAAAUUUCAUUGGUUUAAAUUCACGCUCUCCUUUCUGAAAAUGGAACAUCCAAUCCAUAGCAGUUUUGUGUUCCAUGUGUACGCACAAAUUGCUUGUUGCUGAAAACUGCAUUGCAUUUGGUUAGGACAUGGUGUGAAAAUAAACUUUAAGUCCUAUGUAAAUACAGUGCCAGCGUUUGCUUUAUUCCAGUUUAUAAGGUAAAAGGUUUUGUAAUUGAUCAUAAAUGGAUGCAACAUUAUGCCUUUUAUGAAUCCAAGGGAUACAUUUGAAAUAAUUUUAAUGAGCAUGACAUAAAUGGAGGCGUAAAAGAGUGUAUUGCAGUAAAGGAAUGUUGUUGUUUAUUUAUUGGUUUUGUUAAUAUAAUUUCCCUCCCUAAGAGAAUGAAAGAAGGUCUACGUUUGUUUCACUUAAAAGAUGACAAAGAGAAUAAUUUUGUUUCACCUAAACCCCACACUUUUUCUUUUAAGCCGUAAUGCAAUUUUAAUCCUUAGCACUUUAUAAGCACAUUGUCAAGUGGAAAAAAAUGGCUGGCUUUAAGACUAGACAAUCGAUCAGCUCCACUUAACUGGUAAACAGCCUCCUUUGUAUGUGGAGGAAAACGAGAGUUUUUAUUUGAUUAUCUUUUAUUGUACCAUAUGAAUGUUAUUGUAAAUUUGUUCAACCAAACAUAAAGCUAGCUUUUACAUAAGCUACCGAAAGAGCGGGUGUUUUAACUGCAGUAUUUUGUUUUCCUUUUUUAUCGAAUCUGAAAUGUCAAACCGAACAAGAUGAGGGAAUCAACUUUGGGAUUAACAGUGAUUUGUGUUAGCCGUGGGGUAUCGUAAAGUGCAGUUUCCAUCCGAAUUUCCAUGGUGGACAUUUUUGAUCUUCUUGACAGCAGGACAAUGUACUAAAAGUAUGAAUACAUUGUGUAUGUGUUAAAAGCCUGGAUUGUACCCUCUAACUAGAUCUUUGCCAUUUAAAAAGCCCUCGCCUGCUGGCCAGGCUCACAGUUCUGUUGAACAUAAGGACAUAUUUUAAGAAUGAUAAAAGUGUUAAUUUAAGCUUUCUGCUCUGUUUUUAUUUUCUUGAAAUUAAACUUCUACCUAACAUGCCUCUUUAAUGCAUUAGCGUGAUGAAUCAUUUAUUAAUCAAUACCCCUUCACUAAGCUUUGGAUUUGAUUUAUUCAUCCGAGAGAAUUUUAAGACUUAUCAGUCAGCCUAUUCCUCAGAGGAAAUAUGACUGCUGAUGCUGAGGGAUUCUGCAUGCUGUAAUGAAUUAAACCUGGUGCUAAACUGAGAAAAAGGGCCUUGACCAUCAGAGGGAGCUGUGGCGAUGUUCACCAGGGCUCAAAAACAAAACAUUCAUUUUACCUAUUCUAGUCCUACCUAUCUCAUCACUCAAGCUAAACAGAAGCUUGUGUGUUUGUUUGUUUGUUGAUUAAUCAUUCCUUGUUCCAUUGAGGCAUUUGAAAUCGCCCAGCGAUUGGGAUAAAUGGUAAUUGAGGCCCAUGCUCACAUUUUUUUUUAACUUGCCUUAAAUAUCCCCCAGAUCCUACAGUGUUUGUUGGUUCCUUUUCACUGCCAAAUCCUCAUUCGGGGAACUCUCAAGAUGAACUUGCUAGCACUGUAGCACACGUGAAGCUACAUGGAAGCGUACUCUUUCAUUUUUCAUAAUGGCUGCCGUGAGAAAUGCAUGUGAGAAGAAUCAGAAUCAUCAACAUGUUAAUGCAAAUCAAACUUGGAGACGUCUGCUUUGGGAAGUGACCAGUGGUUGCAUAUAGGUGCUGUCAUUUCUUGUCAAAUUUUAUGUAAAAAGGGGGCAAAAAUACCACAAAAUUUGUAAAUAUCUGUAAUGUAGAAAAAAGUAUGAAUUAUGUAUUUUCAUUUUGUGAUUUGAAUAAAGCAUUUUAUAACUAGCUUUAUAAGCAUUUUCCAGUUUGGAGAUAUGACAAAUGUAAAUUAAAAUAUAUAUAUAUAUAUAUACAUAUCUUAAUAAAUAACUGUU